AUGUCAUUAAUUUUCGAAUCCCCACCUUUAUUGGAUGAACGACAAAGCACAAAAUUAUUUAAUUAUUUAUUUAUUCUUUCCCAAUGUUUUGGAAUUUUGGCAGUUUUUGGUGUUGCUAUAUGGAUGGGGGCUUUUGAAGAUGGAGGGUUUUCUUGGAGUGAAAACCCUUCAAAACAAUUUCAUUAUCACCCAACGUUACUUCAUUUAUCAACACAUUCUGUUGCUCUUUUAUUAGUUUUAAUUGCCCUAAAGGCUGUUUGGGAUUCUCAUGAUUUACAUAAAAACAGCCAAGGCGAGGAUGACCCUUUACCCAAUCUAGUUUCUCUUCAUUCCUGGAUUGGAAUAUCUUCUGUUAUUUUUUAUUUUCUUCAGGUAUACUUUCUACCUCUCUAUUUCUAUUUAAUUUUUAAAAAGUUUGGUGCCGGUUUUCUUUCAUUUUUCUGGCCAGGACUUUCUCAAGAUUUUCGCAGAGCAAUUUUACCUUUUCACCAAUUGGGGGGACUUUUAAUUUUGUUUGCUUGCACAGUUACAGCUUUAUUGGGGAUUUCUGAAUAUGCUGCUUGGCAUCAUGGUUGUUGGACUGUCGGGAAAGAACUUUGUGGACGUCAAUUACUUUCUAAUUUAUUGGGAUUUUCUUUAAUUGGGUUUUCUGCUUGUGUAUUUUUAUUAAUAGCAAAUCCACGUUGGAAACGAAGGCCGUUACCCGAAGAGGAAUGUUUAAAUUCUUUGGUAGAUGAAGAAUAA